AUGGACACUAAUCAAACCGAUAAUAAGUUUUCUAUAAAAACUGAAAUCAAUGAAGAUUUUGAAUUAAUGAAUUAUAUGCCAAUGCCAAUGCCAAAUGAAGAUCAUAUUAUUGAUGAACAUCGUCGUUUUCCUAAAAAUAGAAAAACUAAAAAAAAUCGUCGUCCUAUUCGUAAAGGUUAUCGAAUGUUACGCCGUAUUUGCCGAUUUUGUAAUUGUAAACUUCUUCUUACACCACAACAUAAGUUAUUUUGUGCUGGCUGUCAUCAAAUCACUAUUGAAAAUAAAAAAAAUCUUAAUAAAAAGAAAAUUUUAACACGAAAUAAGAAAAAAGAUCGUAUAAAACGUUCACAACAACAAAAAACAAAAAAAGAACAUGUUGAAAAUAUUAGUAAUUGCAAUGGACUUGAAACUAAACUUAAAUGGGCUGUUGAUAAAUUAAUAAAAAUUCAAAAUCCAGAUCGCAUUAAUAAAAUGUGUACGGUUAUUAUUAAAUUAACAGAAACAAUAGAUAUACUGCAGGCACAUGAAAGAGUAUCUGUAAAAGAUUAA